GGCCGGGCUAGCUCUUACUAGUAGAUUUUCUCUAGCUGCUAACAUCUGGGAGAGCUCUGUCUCGCUGUCUUUCAGCACAUUGACGUAUAGAGAGGGACCAACCAAAGGACUCUCACUUUCCUUGCUGUCAAGUUGUGGUUCCACUUCGUUUGGGUACUCAUACGCAAAGGUUUCUUUUUUGUCUGUUUGCUUAAAUAACCGGAACAAUCUUGUGACUGUCCAGUUCUCUCCACUCACCCUCGACUUCACUCACAAAGACAGUAAUUGUGUGUCUGUAACUUUUGUGCACUUCAGUUCUUUAUUCUUAUGUCUUUCGUCUUCCAUUUCUCUUUUUCGUCUGUCUGUCUUUGUUUGUGCAUGUUCCAACUUAUUUGUAAAUGUACCAGAUUUAGUUGAUGCACUGCACUGUGCACUAUGCUGAUACAUUUAUAUAAUAUAUAAGUGUUAAAAUGUUUCCUACUGACCUGACCUCAGCUGAGAGGCUUGCCUACAAAAGCUCACAAUGUUUUCUAAGAUUUACUAAGUUUAAGUUUUCUUAUAUGAGAGUGAUUCAUUCACAUGUCCACAUCCUCUUUCUUCAACGUGUCAUUCUUCUUUUAUAAUGAAGGAAGUUCCCGGCGGUCACACGGCAGUAGUGUGCCUCCUGUUGUUCUGCUGUGCUGUUUGCGGCUCAACGUGUUUUAUUGUCACGAAUGGCUGCGUAGUGAACAGAGCCCUCCUUCGUGUUUUUUUGGGAAAGUCUUUUGAGAGGGCAUCGCCCUCCAUGCGGUCAGUCAACCUCGGUGCUCUAAAGAAGCGCUGGGAGCCGGCACAGGGCAAGCCUUCUUCCAUCCCUCAUCCUCCGAGCCCGUCCAGCUAUCACAGCAGGCCUCCUGCUCUGGCCAAGUCCGCUACUAUCACUGAGGACUGUCCUCCAGUGAAGAGCCCCGGCCUGCCCACCGCUCGGGGAGGUCAACUCCCAGCCAGUCCUGUCGAGCAGCCCGCAGUUACCCCAGAAGCAUCCAAAGGUGAAGAGCAGAGAGGCAUGGACAGGUGUGAGCUGACACACCGUGAAAGACCGGAAAAGCUUGAAGAGCAAGUUCCAACCAGCCCCUGUGCCUCUUAUGAAAAACCCAGAGUGCCACUGAACAACCUGAAGAUGAAGUUUGAGAGGGGAGAGGACACCAUGGGCAAGGGAGGCAGGACGACAUUACGCAGUAGUUCAUCGGAGGACAUGGACCAACAUGGCGGUCUGUCUGUGUCUGACAGAGUGUUGGAGUCCACAUCCACGAAGGAGAAGAUGGCCAAGUACCAGGCUGCUGUUUCUAAACAAGGCACCGCUCGCUCUGGUCUAGCCCCAGAUGUGCCUGCUCCAAAAACAUCUGCACCAGUAAAUCAGAAACACAUUCCUGCACCUGAGUGCAAUGGGGAGAGCAGCGAGCAACCCAAAGCAUUUAAGAAGUUCAGCCCACCGGUGAGGGAGUCGUGCAUCGCUUGUCUAAAGACGGUGUACCCGCUGGAGAGACUGGUGGCUCUUAAGCACGUCUACCACAAAAGUUGCUUCCGCUGUGUUCACUGCAGCACAACGCUCAGCAUACUGAACUACGCCUCCCUGCACGGUAAUGUCUACUGCAAGCCCCAUUUCAACCAGCUGUUUAAAGCUAAAGGCAACUAUGACGAGGGCUUUGGCCAUCGGCCUCACAAGGAGCUUUGGGAGCAUCGAGCUGAUGGAGACGAAUGUGAGGAAGCGGUGACGCCAAAGGAACACGAGGGACCAGCAGCGGUGACGCGUCCAGCUGAGAGUACCUCCGACAAACCGGCGACCCCGACUGUGGAAACAAGCCCACAGGUGAAGGUUACAGACCUGACUGCCUUACUGGAGACACGUGUGCAGACCCAUGCCAGGUCUGGCGAGAAGCUCGAGUCUACAGAGAAGCCAGCGGAGCAACGCAGGCUGAGGGUCGCCUGGCCUCCCUCGGCUGGUGAGGGCCACUCUGAGACAGAAGCACUUAGUCCAGUGACGGAGGGAGUUUCUUCAGGCCGACCAUGGAGAGCCAAGUGGCCCCCAGGAGACGAGCUGCCAUCUUCCUUCCAGAGCUCUGAUCGGGCUGAACUGAAGAGCCUGAGGCGGAGCUCUUCUCUAAAGGAGCGCAGUCGGCCUUUUACGCUCGCAGCUAAACCCAGCCCGGCAAUUACUCCGGCACCAAGGGAAGCUCGGCGCCCUCUCAAAUCCCUGCUGGAAUGGAGAGCAUCAUUCGAGGAAAAACGCUCAUCUGAAGAACCAGCCGAGGAAAACAAUCCAGAGCUUCAGCAGGUGAAGCAGCAGGAAAAGAAAGAGAAGACGGCGCCUCAAAUACCGAGCGAAGAUGCAGCAAAUGCAAGCGAGACAAUCCCAGAGAACGACGUGGAGACUGAGCAACCGGAAGAAAGACACAAACAAGUACAGAAAGGAAAGGCAGGAGCAGACAAGAUGGCAGUGGAAGAAGGCUCUCUUAGAAGCAUAUCCCCAGAUAUCUCCCCGUCCCCCUCUCCACCUUUACAGCCAAAACAGAACCACGCCUCCCAGGAUGUGGGCUUCUGGGAGGAGGACAAAGAAGGAAGUGAUGCAGAGGAGCUGAGUGCAGAGGAUAUAAUCAAGAGGAACCGCUACUAUGAUGAUGAUGAGGAGGAGGAGGAGGAAGAGGAGGAGGAGGAGGAGGAGGAGGAGGAACCUCUUAUAGUCUGACUGUCAUGUCCAUCCAACACUUUGCCAGUUUUGUUUUCUCAGUCUAUAGGUAGAUCAUAAAUGUAGCGUUGCCAGAUUUGAAAGAAGAUGCUAAACGUGUGUAAUAGGUGUGUGUAUGUAUGUGCAUUUAUAUUACAAUAACUGCCCUUAAUGGUUACAUGUUUGAUUUCUUUUAAUUGUAUACUGUAAAAAUAUCUAAUACCGCUUUAAAUGACUCCUGAUUGGAAGUUGGGCCUUUUUAUUAAAUUAAUUUAUCUUCUGAUAAUUAUAUGCACCAUGAGUGACCUAAUUAUUCGCGGAAUAUACAAUACAGACAAGUCCGUAAACCUUAAUAACCACCAUUACCACAAUAACAGGAGAAAAUAUGAUAAUCAAGGUUUCCACCUGAUCCUUUCAGUCUAAUAGAAUAGAAGUUAUAUCAUCUCCUUGGGCCUUCUGGAUUUGUGUUUAACAUUUUCAAAUGUGAUCCACUUUAGAUAGUAUGUCAAACACUUUGUAUUUUAAUUAAUCUAUUUUUUUUUUUUUAUAAUUUGUGAUGUAAUGACACAUUAGGCGUUGCAGUCUCAGCUGUUGUUGAAACAAUUAAAAUGUGUCAAUGAGGA